GAUCUCCACUCCAUUCCCAAUCUCACGGACUUCUGUGCCUUUGUGAGAAACACCAGUUCGUGCGACAUUGACGAAGGUUUCAUCAACUACACCGCUUUCCUGUACUGUACUCUCGACAAUCUGGUGAUAGAAGUGGCUUGUCUUAUCCUGUUUAUCUGGUGGUUCUUCCUCUUCACUGGACUAGCAGUCACUGCUGAUGAUUUCUUCUGUCCUUCUUUAGCAGUCAUAUCUCAGAGUCUGAAGCUCAGCCAUAAUGUGGCAGGCGUUACCUUCCUGGCAUUUGGUAAUGGGGCACCAGAUAUAUUUUCCGCCAUUGCUGCUAUUGGGAACGCCAAAGCUGGGGACGCUGGCCUUGCCAUUGGCGCUCUUUUCGGUGCGGGUGUGUUUGUGACUGCGGUGGUGGCUGGCUCCAUUGCCAUCAUUUGUCCUUUCACCUCCAUGGAGCGUCCCUUUUUACGAGACGUCAUCUUUUACCUGGCCGCAACGUUCUGGGCCUGGUACGUCAUGUGGGACAAGAAGAUCACCCAGGUGGAAGCCGCAGGUUUUAUUGGUCUAUAUGUGGUCUACGUCAUCGUAGUCAUUUUAGGGAGAGCUAUCAACCAACGUCUCAAGAAGAUAAGAACUGGGAGCCAGAUGGGGCGUUUACUUGAGGAAAGUUUAACAAGCUCCGAGGUCGAAAGAGAUGAGUCUCAGCCCUUAAUGAGUUCUAUCAACCGUCGCGUGUCACCGAGUGUCCAGAUAGAGCAGGACCCCGGCGAGAGUAAUGUGGAGUCUAUAGGUGACCGUGGCCUGUGGAGAGCCUUCCUGGAUGAUGUCAAUCCCAUUGAUGUUGAGGGGUGGAGAGAGAAAAGGAUUUUCGGCAAGGUCUUUGAGUGCUUUAAGUGCCCUCUGAUGCUCGUGCUCAACUUUACUGUCCCUGUGGUGGGGGAGCACAAUGAAAGUGAACCCAAUGACCCUCGAAACUGGAACCGGCUACUCAAUUCACUGCAAGUCUUCACAGGACCAGUGUUUGCCUGCUUCGCCACUAAGUUGGGGUUGAAUUGGAUUGGUGGAGUUUUUCCCGUCUACGCCCUGGUCAUGGUUGUCUGCGCCAUUCUGGCUGCCCUUGUUUUCUUCACUUCAAAGACUGACGAGCGUCCACCGUAUCACACGGCAUUCGCCUACCUGGGUUUUGUGGUGGCCGUCGUGUGGAUUUAUAGCAUUGCCAACGAGAUCGUCAAUAUUUUACAGGCUUUUGGCAUUGUGUUUGACCUGUCUGAUGCAAUUCUAGGCCUGACCCUACUAGCCUGGGGCAACAGUAUUGGAGAUCUGGUGGCUGACAUGUCUCUUGCUCGUCAGGGAUAUCCUCGCAUGGGAAUCUCUGCCUGCUUUGGUGGACCUCUUUUUAACCUACUCAUUGGUUUAGGAGUGCCUUUCACCAUAGCUUGUCUGCAAAAGGAUGGUGUCUUCCAUCUUGCAGUCACCUUGGAGGAAAUGGUCCUGGCCGCGGGUCUCGGCACAUCCCUCAUUGCCACUCUGCUCAUCGUGCCUCUGUCAGGGUUCAAAAUGUCUCGACCGUACGGGAUCGCCCUGGUCUGUCUCUAUGUGGCUUUCCUCGUUAUAGCUAUCCUCACAGAGACCAAUGUGAUCCCCAAUAGUAACCUCUGAUUUUGUAAUGUUUUAAAAAGAGGAGGUUUGUUUGUUUGUUGCUUCACCCUCACCUUCACCUAUCCUGUGGUCUGGUUGACAGUUGGGGCACUCCCCCC